ACUGGUGAAAGUACACCUUCAACCUCUGGGUGGUUUGAGGUGGAGGUGAAUGGCAAGUUGGUCCACUCAAAGAAGGUACAGUAUCAAACAGUGGAACUUGUCUCUUCACCCAACUCAUUCAUUUCAGAGAAUGUGUGCACAGUAUAAUUCAUACAAUAUUUUGAAACAUACAAACAUUUGUUUUCUGCAGGAGGGGUCAGGCUUUGUGGACAAUGAGCAGAAAAUGGCAGCAUUGGUUGAUGCCAUUGAUAAGGUGUUGAGGAAAUAA